AUGUUUAAGGGUUUCUAUUAUUUUAAUUCUAUAUAUCGCGAUUUAUAUCCUUUUAUUUUACAGGUAUUGAUUCUAGUAGGACUUGUGGGUGCAGUUGUUGCCGAGCAUGCGUUCUCAUCGCAGCAUAUACACAAACACGACGGGCAUCAUGAAACCGUCCAACACGGACAUGGAGACAAGCACCACCAUGACUAUUAUACUCAUCCAAAAUACGAGUUUGAGUACAAAGUAGAGGACCACCACACUAAAGACCACAAGAGUCAGCACGAGUCCCGCGACGGUGACGCCGUGAAGGGAUACUACGCGCUGCAUGAACCCGACGGUUCCGAAAGACAUGUCCACUACCACGGCGACAAACACAGCGGAUUCCACGCAGACGUGAAGCACAGCACUCAUCAUAUUUACCACCAUCAUCACUCACCCGCUGUGUUUAUCGGCGCUGUACUCAACAGUCCUGAUGGUACCAUCGGCUUCGUGCAGACUGUACACGCCCUUCACGACGUCACCGUCACGGGUCUCGUGCUGGUACUUGUUGUCGCCGGUGUGAGGAUCCUCUACUUUGUACUCAAAGGCGGUUUCUAUUAUUUUAAUUCUAUAUAUCGCGAUUUAUAUCCUUUUAUUUUACAGGUUUUGAUUCUAGUAGGACUUGUGGGUGCAGUUGUUGCAGAGCAUGCGUUCUCAUCGCAGCAUAUACACAAGCAUGACGGGCAUCAUGAAACCGUCCACCACGGACAUGGAGACAAGCACCACCAUGACUAUUAUACUCAUCCAAAAUACGAGUUUGAGUACAAAGUAGAGGACCACCACACUAAGGACCACAAGAGUCAGCACGAGACCCGCGACGGUGACGCCGUGAAGGGCUACUACGCGCUGCAUGAACCUGACGGUUCCGAGAGACAUGUCCACUACCACGGCGACAAACACAGCGGAUUCCACGCAGACGUGAAGCACAGCACUCAUCAUAUUUACCACCAUCAUCAUUAG